UACGUGCGUCGAAAUAAAAACGAAAAACAUGUUGAUAAUUGUAUAGAAGUUGUUUUGAAAUUCUAAAUACUAAAAACUAAACUACGACACCGUCAAAAAGGCGCUUCCAUAAGCAAUAGCAGUGCAACCUAAUACAUAUCAAAUUGUGUGCAAUUACAUACAUACAUACAUAGAAACUGAGAAACGAGAAGAAUCAUUAUAUACAAUAGAAAAAAAAUAUAGCAACAAACUACCUUAGCACUAAUCAUAAACAGUAGAUAUUUAUGUAAUGCAAAGAUUAAAAAAAGAAAACAGCUGAAUAAUAGAUUUAAAGUUAAUAUAAAAACAAAAAACAAACACUAAAUACCAAAAUGUUGAAAUUCGUACUUAUCGCAACGUGCCUUGUGUUGGCGUCAAGCGUGCGCGCUCAAGAACUGAAAGUCGAUGUCAUCAGUACGCCGGAGGUGUGUGAACAAAAGUCGAAAAGCGGUGACAUGCUGACAAUGCACUACACAGGCACACUGACAGAUGGCAAGAAAUUCGAUUCGAGUUUUGAUCGCGAUCAACCAUUCACAUUCCAAAUUGGUGCUGGUCAAGUGAUAAAGGGAUGGGAUCAAGGCUUGUUGGAUAUGUGUGUCGGUGAAAAACGUAAAUUGGUCAUCCCACCCGAGUUGGGUUAUGGUGAUCGCGGCGCUGGAAAUGUUAUUCCACCAAAGGCCACACUCCUCUUCGAUGUUGAACUGAUAAAUAUUGGAAACACUCCACCACCAACCAAUGUCUUCAAAGAGAUCGACGAGAACGGCGAUAAGCAGCUGAGCCGUGAUGAGGUAAACGUUUAUGUCAGCGAAUAUCUUAAGAAGCAAAUGACCGCCGUUGAGGGACAAGACUCCGAGGAAUUGAAGAAUAUGCUCAAGGAGAAUGACAAGCUUGUCGAGGAGAUCUUCCAACACGAGGACAAGGAUAAGAACGGUUUUAUCUCGCACGACGAGUUCUCUGGUCCGAAGCACGACGAGCUCUAAGUCAAAUGCAACUGAAGUGUGGUGGCAGAGCUACCAAAUAUAAUAGUAGUACUUUAUCGCACACUCCUACCAUCGCAAAAACACACACAUUCACAAAUACAAACAUACAUACAUAUAUAAAUAUGUGAAUUCAUUAUUUGAAUCCUGUAACAAAAGAAAAUCGAAGUACUUUGUAGGCAAAAGAAAUCCAACAUGCCUACAUAUUUUUUACAUUCAUACGAAUACAUACAUCCGUAUAAAAAUGUAGCAAAAUAAGAUGGAUGAUUGACAGAAAUGAAAAAAUAUAUAUUAUAAACUUGUAUAAAAUAGUGAGCUUAGAACAGUUUUCUGUUCACAUUUAGCAGUUCAUUUUCAUCUUCUUUAACAAAAUGGCAAAGACAUCUUCAGAGAAUUAAACGAGGAGAGUAUGUAGAUGCUUCCACUUAGCUAUAAAAGAUCUACGACCAAUUUGUAAGAAAAGUAUGUUUACUUAAUUUUUAUAAUUCGCUUUUCAUAGUUUCAUUUUAAAUUAAUGAUUUUAAUUUCUUCUCUUUGUAAAAUUGUAAUUUAUAUUGUACGAACUAUGCUUGGGGCGAAAAUUUAGUUGAAUGUAUAAUGUAAGCAAUUUUAUAGCAAGUACGAGUAUUGUAUUGGACGGAAGGAAGAAAAAGUGAAAUAAAGUUUGUUUAAAAAAUUUAA